AUGCAGUCCAUCGCUAAAGAGAUUGCUCUUGUCACCGGAGCGAACAGCGGCAUCGGAUUUGAGAUCGCUCACCAGCUCCUCAAGCGGGGUCAAUAUCACAUCCUCCUUGCCUCACGAUCGACUACGAAAGGGUCGGCCGCCCUCGAAGACCUGCAAGCACGCAAGCUCUCUGGUAGCAUCGAGCUUGUGCAUCUUGAUUUGCAGAACGACGACCAUGUCACGCAAACCGCAACACUCAUUGAGAAGAAGUUCGGCAAACUCGACAUUCUCUUCAACAAUGCUGCAGUCGCGCUGCCCGAAGGCUUGACGGAGCGCCAGCGCUUGGCAACGGCUUUCGACGUGAAUGCAACAGGCCCAUGGCUUCUUACCAACGCCGUCAUUCCGUCGCUGAAGAAGAGCGCGAACCCGCGCAUCAUCAACAUCUCCUCAGGGGCUGGGUCGAUCGGCCGCCGUCUCUCCACUGAAAGCCCGAUGUACAAGAUACAAGCCGUCCCAUACCGCGCCAGCAAGGUCGCCUUCAACAUGAUCAGCUCGUGUAUGUAUGUGGAGUACGGGCUGAGUAUACCGCAGGUGGACUUCGAGAAGGCUGGGGAGGGCGAUGCUGAGGCAUCAAAAGAGGAGGACAACGUCAAGAUGAGAGUAUUCUGUUACGACCCUGGCUUCACAGCUUCCAAUCUAGGGCCGUACAACAAGGUGGAGUUCGGUGCAAGGAGUGCGGAGGACACCGUGAAGAGCAUUAUGGAGCUUGUUGACGGGAAGAGAGACGAGGAAUGUGGAAAGUUUAUUCAUAAUACAGGAGGCUACCCAUGGUAG